AUGGAGUACAGUCAUCAUUACUCUUCGGACGCGCCACCAUUUGCCAACCAUUCUUCUUGGAGCCGCCCUAUGCCUAGCCCCGUGCCCCCACCAGCCCCUGCCGCCCUUCCUCAGACUGCUGGCCAAAAGAGGCCCUAUGCAACAAUGUCUCCUCCUUCCAGAACCUUUCCGGCGCCUAUUUAUUCGCCCCGACAUCAUUGCUAUCCUAGUUUUCCUAAUUCUCCACAGGGAUACUUUUGA